AUGCUGGUUGACUUCUCGGUGGAGGUGCAAAAUGUUUGUGCUACGAUGAAAGCCUCCAAGUUGGACCAGUACCUGAACAACCCAGCGCUCACGCAGGAGCUAGUGAGCAAGUUGCCAUCGAUGGUGGAAUGCACAAGGUUUUGGGGAAUGCACAAGGCCUCUCUAACAGUGUGUACGUUAGCAGAGUUUAAACCCUGCGGGAGCAUUCCUCGAAAUGACGACCCGCGAUCGCUGGAAUGCUACUCGACGGUGUGGCUUGUGCUGGAGAUGUUUCCAGAGCCACAAGGUAGAAAGAUGCGGCGUCCCAAAUCCUUGCGGAAUAGAUGGAUGCCUAGAACGCCAUCAUCCCCUGUUGCAUCGCGACUUCACGGCUCCCGUCCAGGUGCCAUGCACACCGACAAGAAGCCCAGGCUCCUGAUAGGUCUUAAUAAUUGCAAACUAGGGCGCGUGCUUCGCACCAAGAAAGGCACAACAGAAGAACCGAUCGCUGAGAAGACCCGCCUGGGGUGGACGAUUAAAGGAAGAAGCUCCAACAGUGUGGGUGAUGACAUAACCCCAAACUACCACGUGUUUCACAUUUUUGCAUGUGAAGCUGACGAGAACAUGGAGAUCUUGCGCCAGUUGGCUAUACAGCAGCUGGAGAAGAACACGAGGCGUAUAAAUGGCCGAUUUGAAGCAGGUCUGCUUUGGAGGUUUAAAGAUGACAAGCUGCCGGAUAGUUUACCGACAGCCCUAAAGCGGGCACGAUGCCUGUACCAGGAACUGACUCACGAGCCGGAGCUUGCGAAGGAAAUUCGCCGACAGCUAGAUGAGUACGUGAAAAAAGGAUAUGCACGGCCCAUUACGUCGGAAGAAGCUGAGGAAAAGCCAUGGUAUCUACCUAUCUUUCCCGUGCUAAACGUGAACAAGCCAGGAAAGCUUCGCAUAGUCUGGGAUGCGGCUGCGAAGACGGAAGGGAUCUCGCUGAAAACAAUGCUGCUGAAGGGACCUGACCAACUAGCGCAGUUGGUACCAAUACUUCACAGGUUUAGAGAGAAACGUAUUGCUAUCGGCGGCGAUAUCGCCGAGAUUUUUCAUCAGGUCACGAUACACACAAAAGAUCAGAGAUACCAACGCUUUGUAUUUAUAGACCCAUACACACAACGGAGAGAGAACUACGCCAUGCAGGUAAUGCCGUUUGGGGCUAGUUGCUCCCCCAGCUGUGCCCAGUACGUGAAGAACAGAAAUGCAGAGUCGUUCAAGAAGGAAUACCCACGCGCUGUUAAGUGCAUACUGGAGAAUCACUAUGUAGACGACAUGCUGGACAGCGUCGACACGGAGGAAGAAGCUAUAAGCCUCGCGCGUCAGGUCCACUACAUUCAUCUUCAGGGCGGAUUCCUCAUUCGAAACUGGGUAUCGAAUUCCAGAGAAGUAUAA